UGUUACUGCUCAUUUUAAAUCUCUGUUUAAUAACUUGAACUGCAAGUUUGUUGUUAAUUCUGGGGGAUCGCCAAAGUUGGUUUUGCCUAAAAAGGGUAGAGAAGGGGUUUGUGGCAGGAAAUGGCGUUGCGGUGACUCAGACCAGAUGGAGGAGGAACAACAGACGGGACACUACAAACUGCUCCUACCUUCGUCGCCAGGAGUCUACACGCUGCCCCCACCUUCGUCGCCAGGAGUCUACACGCUGCCCCCACCUUCGUCGCCAGGAGACUACAUGCUGCUCCCACCUUUGUCGCCAGGAGACUACACACUGCUCCCACCUCCACUGCUUCCACCACCAGGAAGAGAGCAGCAGAAGCGCCACGACAAGGGCGCCACGACAAGCCAUCCUGUGACAACCAUAGACAUAGUUGAAUGAGAUAUGAGUCAUCCUGUGACUUUUUCUUAUAUUAUACUCAUCAAUUUUGAUAUUAGUUUUUUUUUUUCUUCACAUACUUGUUGGAUGACAUCUGCAAAGAAGCGAUCAAGAUAUUUUCUUCCUUAGGAUCUUUGAAAAAAUACCAUUCAAAAAUCAAAUUUAUCUUUAUUAUAAUAUAUGUGUUUUUGAAAAAGGAAAAUGUGUGUACUUUUACUGAAAUAAUUUUGUCUGCAUUAAGUGUGGUUGUUUGCAAAAUAAGUUACUUUUUUAUAAACCAUUUUCACACUUCCAUUGUAUAGUGGAAGUUGUUAUUUUAAGCUUGUCAUAGAGACUUAUUCCCUAACAGAAGAGUCAGGAAAAUUCAAACUAUAACCCAUAGAAGACCGAUUUAACCAAAAGCAUUAUAAUAAAUAAAAAUAUGGUAACCAUUGUAUCCUGGAUAAUCCUGCAGUUGAAGUUGGUUUGUUAUCUUUGAGCUUAAGUGCAGCUAUAGAGAAGGUAAUACAAUUGAAAGGUGAGGUCAGAAUUCUGAAUGGAGUCAUAUCUGGGAUGUUAAGACUCACCUAUGAGAAAUCAACCACAAUCAAUCACAAUUUCAGAUUUGUCAAAAGGCUUCCUGUGUACAGAUGUUACCAAGGUAUAGAACACUACAGCAGAAUUAAAGUCAUGUGUUUUUGUGUGUUUA